AUGCCCAUUAACUUGCUCAUCAAUGGCCUGGAYGAGGGCACUGAGUGCACCCUGAGCAGGUGUGUGGAUGACACCAAGCCUGUUCCCGCCCAGGGCCGCGUGAGGACCAAGACGGUGAAGAAGGCGGCGCGCGUCAUCAUCGAGAAGUACUACACGCGCCUGGGCAACGACUUCCACACCAACAAGCGCGUCUGCGAGGAGAUCGCCAUCAUCCCCAGCAAGAAGCUGCGCAACAAGAUCGCGGGCUACGUCACCCACCUGAUGAAGCGCAUCCAGAGGGGCCCCGUCAGAGGCAUCUCCAUCAAGCUGCAGGAGGAGGAGCGGGAGAGGAGGGAUAACUACGUCCCGGAGGUCUCCGCGCUUGACCAGGAGAUCAUUGAGGUGGACCCUGACACCAAGGAGAUGCUGAAGCUUCUGGACUUYGGCAGCCUGUCCAACCUGCAGGUCACACAGCCCACGGUGGGGAUGAACUUCAAAACACCCCGAGGAGCCCUCUGAGGCCGUCGCUCUGUGUCACUCUUUUUCCAAUAAACGUGGGAAACCA